CAACAGGAGACCAGAAUAUGUGUGGCUGUGUUCACAGUACCCAGGACCAAGUGCACUGCUUGGAAGGGGAGCCCAAUCCUUCUGCAGCCCCGACAUCUACCUUGGCACCUAGGAAAAUGCCCAAAAGAAUUUCAGUAUCCAAACAACUGGCUUCAAUAAAAGCUCUGCGCAAGGGCUCAGAUCUGGAAAAAGCCAUCGCUACUGCUGCUCUGAUUUUCAGAAACUCUUCUGACCUUGAUGGCAAACUUGGAAAAACUACUGCCAAAAACCUGCUGCGAACCCAAUUCAGGAAUUUCACAGAGGGACAAGAAACCAAACCAAGAUACAAAGACCUCCUUUCUGAACUCGAUGAGCAUACAGAAAAUAAGCUGGAUUUUGAGGAUUUCAUGAUCUUACUGUUAAGCAUCACUGUAAUGUCAGAUCUGCUACAAGAUAUAUGGAGUGUGAAAGUUAGGCAAUAAACAGCUUUAAAUAUAUAGUUAGGUAAGUGAAUGGCAAAUGCCAGUGUUAAGUGAUUAAAAAUUUUUCUCAUUUUUAAUUAACUGAAGGUACCCAGCAUGUAUCUAUGGUUGCAUGGGAUGGUUCUGAUUGCUGAUAUUCAGACCCAGUACAACUAUAUAUAAAAAAAAAAUCUAUGCCAACUCUUCACGAAUGUUUAAAUAAUGCAGUCUCUGGUGUUUUACAAUAUGAUAGGUGUCAUAUAUCACUGAAUAUUGCAUUGCUUUUGCUGAGUCAGUAAUGUCUUACAGCACUUUUUAUUAUAGUCCUUACAGCCACUCACUCGAUCAUUCAUUCACUUAUUAAACAAUAUUACUAAGCCUCUCCUUGAUGGUAUUGCUGAGAAUACAGUAAUGAACCAGCUAAUCCGUGCCCUCACACAUGCCGGCAGAAGUCCAGCAGAAGAGAGAGACUACAAGCAAAUUAUCAAUCAAUUGUACAUACAGUGUAAUUGUGAUAAGGGCUCCAGGAAGCUAAGAGAGCUGUUAUCACUGACCUAGGAUCAAAGGUCAGAAAAGCUCUACUUACAUUCUGCAAAAGACAAAACUAUUGGGGGGAAAACAUAUCAGCGUUUUCCAGGGCUACAAGUGGGAAACGCUGUUGUUCACAAAUGGGCAGGAGGGAAGUUUUAGGGGGGAUGGGAAUAUUCUAUAUCUUUGAUUGUGGUGAUGAUUACAAUGGCUGCUCACAUUUGUCAGACUCUUAGAAGUACACACUAAAAAUGGUGAAUUUUACUGUAUGUCAAUUAAUCCUAAAUAAACAUAACUUAAAAUUC